GGUGGUUUCCGAUGGACCCAUCUCCUACGUCGCUGCUGUCAAAGGUGGUUCACCACCUAAGAUACCAUCCCCAUCUCUUCCUCUAAAGCCAAUUUCCAAGUUCAAGGGUUUGCCCUCAAUCUCCUUCUCUCAGGAGGAGGUUGACGUUUUAUCUUCAAAAUUUCAAUUCGCACUAGUUGGUGUUUUUAACGAUGGAAGACCCUCUUUCCAGACGAUCAAAGCUACGCUCGAGUCAAUUGGAUUCGAAGGAAAUUUCCAGGUUGGGUUUCUAGAUGACAAAUGUGUUCUUAUCAAUUUUAUGAAGGAAUCAGAUUAUAACCGUCUGUUUAUGAGGAGAUAUUGGAAUAUAAGAGGCUUUGUGAUGAAAAUUUUCAAGUGGACACAUGAUUUUGAUCCCUCCAAUCUCCCACCAAUUGUGCCCACUUGGAUAUCUCUGCCCGGAUUACCAAUACAUCUUCAUCAAAAGUCUGCUCUAAUGUCUAUUGCCAACAUGAUUGGACAACCUAUGACUAUUGAUGCUGCAACUGCUGCCUUUAGCAGGCCAUCCCUGGCUCGGGUAUGUGUGGAACUUGAUCUCUCCAAAGAAAAUCCUAAAAAGAUUCAUAUUUUGGAUGGUGAUAGGCACAUUUUUCAAGAGGUUAUUUUAUGAAGCACUCAAAGCCUUUUGUACAGUUUGCAAGAAAACUGGCCACUCCAACUCCGACUGUAAGAAGGCUGGAAAAAGGGUUUCGAGUGAUAUCCCUCAAAUCCCUCAGAAAUCUGCUUCUGAACAAAAAGAAAACCAAUCUCGAGGUGAAUGGCAAGUUGUCAAGAAGAAAGGGACAAAACAAGGAGCAUCUACAAGUGGCUUCAAACCUGAGGCUAACCCCUCUAACUCAGCUGUGAAUAUGCAGGCACCUCAGGAGAACACCUCAGUUCAGGUUAACCCUAUAAAUAAUCACUCCCAAGGAACUUCAUCACCUUGUGAGAAGGACAAUUCUAUCACACCGGACUCCUCCCCACCCACAGAUGAUGUGAUUAUUGUUGAGGAGGAGGAUCUUCAGAAGCCUGAUGAUGUGGAUGGUAAGAAGGAGACACUCCAGGAGCCAGAUGAUGUGGAUGGUAAGGUGACUGAUAAGGACACCUCCGAGGUUCAAUCCGAUGAAACACAGGUUCUGGAACGCUCUAACCUUCCAGACUAUGAUCAUCUUCACGCAGUGGAAAAUAUCUCUGAAUCACUCUCUGAUAGUGAAAUUUUGGCAAGGAAAACCAGGGAAACCACCCUUGUUACUGAACCUAUAGCUAGCCGGACAAGAUCCAGGCUUCCUCUGGACUUUCCUCCUCACCUCCAUGGUUAAGUCCAUCUUCUGGAAUGUCUAUGGGAUAGACUCUCGGUUGAAGAGGCUAUCUCUGCUUAUUAAGAAUCACAAUGUUGAUGUGGCCUUUAUAUUUGAACCUAUUGUUAAUAGAAAGAAGAUGAAUUUUUUCCAACUCAGACUGGGGAUGGAUCAGAUUAUCUCUAGUAUUUCAAAUAAAAUUUGGGUUGUUUGGAAGAUGAACUCCCUCAACCUGGUUUCUUAUGAGGAUAAGGGUCAGGUUCUCCACUGUCUAUUUAAACUCAGCAGUACUUCCACCCUCAUACAUAUCUCUGGUAUCUAUGGUGCUCACAAUGAGGUCAACCGAACCACUCUUUUUGCUGAAAUUGUGGAUUAUGCAAGAAAGGUUGUCUCUAUCCCUUGGUUUCUAGGUGGAGACUUCAAUGCAAUCUCUUCAGUGGCUGAGCAUAAAGGGAAAUGUGACCCCAAUCUCAGAGAAAUUGCAAGAUUUCAACAAUGUAUUUCUGACAGCGGGCUUCAUGAAAGCAGCUUCUCCGGGCCUUCUUUCACCUGGACUGGAAUCAGAUCUAGAGGGAGGGUAUGGCGGAAAUUAGACAAAGUCCUUUACAAUGAGUCUUUUUCUAGCUCCUUCCCUCACCACAAUCUUGUUCACCUUGCAAGAGGAGCAUCUGACCACUGUCCUCUUCUUUUUACCAUCAACGGACCACUUCAUGGCACCCCCAGCCGUUUUCGAUUCCUCAAUCUUUGGGUGCAAGAUAGGACCUUCCAUGAGAGGGUUAAACAGACUUGGAACAACUCCUUCCAUGGGAGAGGAAUGAGGGGCUUGAUGAUCAAACUGGAAGAGCUCAGCAAGGAUCUCAAACACUGGAGUUACAACAACUAUGGAAAUCUUUUCCAAGCUUUUUAGAGGAGUGAAAAGGAUCUCUUGGCUGCUGAAAACCUCUUUGCCUCUGACCCAUCCCCGGAUAAUCUAUCUUCUUUGAACCUCCAAAAGGCUAAGCAUUCUAAGUGCAUUAACAAUAUUGAUUCCUUUUGGAGGCAAAAAGCUAAUAUCAAAUGGAUCAAGGAGGGGGAGGCAAACACUAGCUUCUUCCAUAACUAUGUCAAAGGUAAAAGGAAGAGACUUUUAAUCGACCAUAUCAGUAAGGGGGAUGAUAAUUUCCUGGAAUCUCAAGAAGACAUUAUUGCAGAUGGACUUUCUUUCUUUAAGAAGGCUUUUUGUGAGGAACCUACUCUGACAGAAUCAGACCUUCUCCAAUCCAUCCCAGUAGUCAUAUCUGAGGAGGAUAAUAACAUGUUAACUAGAUUACCUAAUGAGACAGAGGUCAAGGAAGCUAUUUUUGCUCUAGAUCCCAACAGUUGUGCUGGGUGGGAUGGUUUCAAUGGCUUCUUUUUUAGAUCCUGUUGGGAAACAAUUAAAGAAGAUGUCACUUCUAGCUGCCAAGAAUAUUUUCUGGGCAUUCCACCACCUAAAUCCAUUUGUAAGACUCUUAUCACACUUAUUCCCAAGGUGGACAAUGCCUCAUCCUGGAAGAACUUCAGACCCAUUUCUCUUUCCAGUUUUCCAAGCAAAAUCAUUACAAAAAUUCUAGCUACAAGGCUUACAUCCCUCCUGCCUAAAAUCAUUUCCAGAGAACAGGGGGCAUUUCAGAAAGGGAAAGAAAUUAAGCAUCACAUUUUGCUGGCAAAAGAAUUAAUUAACGGGAUCGAUGAAGGAAAGAGAGGAGGCAACAUGAUAAUUAAACUAGACAUGAGUAAAGCUUUUGAUCGAGUCUCUUGGUCAUAUUUGGAGAAGGUACUGUGCCUUUUUGGAUUCUCAAGGGCUGCCAUCUCCCUUCUCAUGGGUUUCACCAAAAAGGCCUACCUUAGCCUCCUUAUUAAUGGUACUCAAAGUAAAUUCUUCUCUCCUUCUAGAGGGCUGAAACAAGGUGAUCCAUUAUCUCCUUUACUUUUCAAUAUUGCAUCUGAGGGUU